AUGCCAUUGCCGUCUGUUGUAGCGCUAGCACUUCUUCAGCAUGGCUGGAUCCAGGCGAGAAAUAUGUCUGAGAUCGUUGUCAAGGAUGAACUGGAGAGAGGAACAAUCACUGCUCCUCCUGGCCGAAUAGACCUUAGACCGGAUAGCAUGGUCUCCUCCGUUUGUGAGGCUGCAAGAGAAUAUCAAGCCGGCCAUGAUAUCCCCGCUCAAUCAUGGAGUACCUUACUACUUUUCAACGGUCUGGUGUCUGGUAUCUGGCACCUUACAGGCACCGGUUGUAUUACUCUCCUCUGUCCAGCUGGCUCGAUGAUGGAUGGCGGAGCAAACCGCGCUUCAGAAACCGUGGGUGAAGAGCACAUUCAGACUAUUCCCGCAAAUCGUGCUGAGAGACGGAGCUGGCAUCUUCUUAGCAUGUUUUAA